AUGGAAGGUAUUUUCUGCGAUGAUUGCAAAGAAACAAUAGCUUAUUUAAAAUGCUUUUGUUUAGAAAGGACUCAAUUUUUCUGCAGAAAUUGCUUUCCAAAGCAUGUAUGCCUUCCAUAUGCUCAUAAAUCUGGACAAAUCACUUUGGAGGACUAUACUAAACAGCUUAUUACGUGUGAUGUUUGCAAUGGGAAACAGCCAAGCGUUAUUUGUGUUUGCCAAGGUAAAAAGCAGCGAUUGUGCCACAGCUGUAUAUCAUUUCAUAUAAAUCAAGCUCCUGGGAUCUCCCAUCCGAUUGAACCAAUUGAAGCCGAUGAUUUUAUUGCCCAAGGCGAAAGCCUAAAUCCUUUGGUUAGCAAACAGAAUAUUAAAAAAAAUAUUUUUUUAGAAAAUUAUCACCCAUGCUAUUGAGUAGAUUAUUAAAUAUAAUUAUUUAGAUAAAAUGCAUUUUAUACAAUAAUUGAAUCUAAUUGAAUUUUUGAUAGCUAGAGUUCUAAAUUGGUUAAAUUUUUUUUUUGAUUAAAAUUUGAAUUUUUUAAUAUUAAAUUCCCAAAAAAAAAUAUCAUCCUUUUGCUAGCAAGCAAAAAUUUUUAAUUUGUAGCUAAGAAUGAGUAAGAGACUACAUGGAGAGGAAGCUUAUCGUGGAUUAUCUGAUUAAUGAGGCAAGAACCAAUAUAAAGGACUUACUCUGCUCCAUUUAAUAAAAAAGCCUAUAUUAUGCGGACACGCUCUUAGGAUGCCCUUAUGCUUUCUCUAUAAGAUUAUCUUGGAUAUUGGUAAGCCAACUUAAAGUUGUCAGAGCUUGACCCUUAUUUCUAGAUUUUUCAAGUAAAUUCUCAAGUCUCAGCUAUGCCCUUAAAAAAGCAUAAAUAAUAUCAAAAAUGUGCCGCAAUCAAGGUGUUUCUAAGUUUAAGCCUGCUCCAAUUAAAACCUCUUACUCCCCCCCCCCUCCCGUGAGCGAACAAAACCAUUAGAAAAAUCGCCAUUUUUUGACCAAAAACCCACCCUCCGUGAGUGAACAAAAAUUUUUUUAAUAGAAAAAAUUUUAAUGGAAAAAAAUUUUGAUAUAUAAGUGAUAAUUAGUAUAAUGAAAUCUAGAGCUAAUUCUGUUUAAUUUUAAACAAAUUGCGUUUUAAAACAUAAAUUUUGCAAAUUAAAUUAAUAUUUGCUUCCCAAUUUUUGCAAAUUAGGAUUUUUUUAAAUUUCGAAAAAAAUAUAUUUUUUAUAAAAUUUAUAUAUAAAUUUUUUUUAAAAAAAAAAAUUAACCCCCCUCCGUGAGCGAACAAAAUUUUUUUGUUCGCUCACGGAGGGGGGGGGGGAGUUAAAAAAUCAUAUAAAUGGGAAAGAAAGUUAGAAAAAUAUAAAACAAAGCUAGAUGAGAUAAAAAUUACAUUAAUUGACCAUAUAGAAAUGGCUUAUGGAAAACUACUAAAUGAAAUCAACGAAGCUGAAAACCACAUAGAAAACCUGAUAAAGCACAUCGAAACCCGCGCUUAUAAAAAAGAUCUCGAAGACGGCGAUUGAGCAGACAACAUAAUAAAAUACUGCAAGCUUUCCAAUUUGCACAUAAUGUCAAAAAGAUUAAAAAUCGUCCAUCCCGAAAUAAAUUUACAGCAAGCCCAAGAAGCCAUUAAUAACAUAGGCAAAAUAAAUUUCAUAAAAGACCCAUCAAAACUUCUCCCCACAAUCCAUUUUUUCAAGAAAAUUGAAAAAGAGUUCAAUUUAUUUUUAUAUGAAGUAGGCUCAGACAUCCACAAGCCUAUCAAAAUAAAAGUCCCUCAUCAUCUUAAUUUAAGAAUGAGUGGAGGGUGAUGUGAGCUUCCAUCAGGGCAAAUCUUUUAUGCUGGCGGCAAGGAAAACAGUACGACUUACAUUUCUGAAGCAUUUUUAAUCCAAAUCCCAUCGCUUGAAUUUUCAAAGCUUCCUGACAUGAGAUAUGCAAGAUCUUUCCCUGGAGUGGUUUACCACAGAGAUGCAGUUUACGUUUUUGGAGGAGAAAAUGAUAAUGGAAAUCUAAAAAGAUGCGAAAAAUAUGAUUUAAUUGAGAAAACUUGGAUGGACUUGCCAGAUAUGCAGUCUAUGAGAAGUGCAUUUACAAUAUCAAUCCUAAAUGACAAAUUCUAUAUAAUAGGUGAUUCAAGAGUAAUAGAAAUAUUUGACCCAGAAACAAAUACAUUUAGUAGCAGUCCUAUAAACAUGCCUGAAUCAAGCUCAUAUACAACAACAGUCUAUAUUGCUGGGUUUUUAUUUGUAUUUCAAGAUAAUUCUUGUUGACAAAUAGAUCCAGUUGGAGAAACAAUCGAAAAAAUCGGUGACAUUCCAAAAAGCCAAUGGUGAUGCCAGUUCCCUCCUGUUGUAGCUGGGCAUCAUUCUUUUUUUACAAGAACUGACCAAACACUUUGGAGAUUUGAUUCUGAGAGGAAAAUUAUAGAUAAAGUGUUAAGAUUCUAG